CAGAAGCGAACCUCCUGAGAUGAGCGAUCUGAGGAUUGUUCUUCUGGGGAAGAGCGUGUCAGAAAACAGUGGCGUGAGAAGCUUCAUCUUAGGACGAGCAACGUUUGACGGUGAAGCUCCUCCAGAUGUUGUAGAGAGAGUCGGAGGAAAAUUGAAGGACAGACAUGUGAUGCUCAUCAACAGUCCUCAGCUGCUCCAAACAAACAUCUCAGAUCAUCAGCUCACACAGACAGCGAGAGAGUGUGUGUAUCUGGCUGAUCCAGGACCUCACGUGAUCGUUCUGGUGCUUAACCCUAAUCAGUGUUCGACAGAAGAUGAAGAGCAUGUGAAGAAGGUGCUGGACUCGUUCUCUGAGCGGGGAUUUCAACACACCGUGGUGCUCAGCACACAAGAGCCCACUGAAACCAAUGACAGCCUACAGAAAAUCAUUCAGAAAUGCUUCAACAGACACGUCAGUCUUCAGAGGAGCAGCUCUCCUGACGAUCUUCUGCAGACGUUUGAGGACAUCGUGCACACGAAUGCUGGAUGUCACCUGGUUUGUGCUGAAGGUUCGCAGUAUUUCACAAUGAAGGAACAGGCCAGAGCAAGACGUGAGUGUUACACAGAGAGUGAAGAUGAACUGAGGAUUGUGCUGCUGGGAAAAACUGGAGCUGGGAAGAGUGCAACAGGAAACACCAUCUUAGGAGGAGCUGCGUUUAAAGCAGAAACAUCUCAAGAGUCAGUUACUAAAAAGAAUCAGAGAGAAUCAUCUGACAUCAACGGCCGGCGUGUUACUGUGAUUGACACUCCAGGACUUUUUGAUACUGAACUGAGUAAUGAGGAGGUCCAGAGGGAAAUCAGCAACUGCAUCCCCAUGAUCCUGCCUGGUCCACAUGUGUUCAUCAUUGUGCUCAAUUUAGGACAAAGAUUCACUCAAGAGGAGGCAACAACUGUGAAGAUCAUCCAAGAGACGUUUGGUGAACACUCUCUAAUGUUCACCAUGGUGCUCUUCACCAGAGGAGAUGAUCUGAAGGACAAAACCAUUGAUCAGUGUUUGGGAAAACCUGGAUCUCCUUUGAUGAACCUUGUGGAAGCAUGUGGAAACAGAUACCAUGUGUUCAAUAAUAAUAAUCAGACUGGAGACCGAACACAGGUGACUGAUCUACUGCAGAAGAUAGAUGCCAUGGUGACAGCAAAUGGAGGGAGUUUCUACUCAUGUAAGAUGUUCAGAGAGAUGGAAAGAGAACAACAAGAGCAAGAGAGGAAGAUCCUAAUGGAGACAUUGGAGCAACUGAACCAAGAAAAAGAAGAACUGACAAAGAAACUAGAAGAAGAGACCGAAAGAAUGAAGAUGAUGAUAGAGGAAGAAAGACAGAAUCAUGACAAAGAGAUAAAGAGACGAGAAGAAGAAUUCCGAGAGACAGAAGAGAGCUAUAAAAGAGAACUCAAGGAACAGGAGAUGCAGAUGAAAGAUGAGAUGAAAAGAGAACGAGAUAUGUUUAGAGAUGAAAUUAAGGACAGGAGACAAGAAAAAGACAAUCUACAGACCAAAUACGACAAAGAAAUAGACAGAAUGAUGCACAGAAUAGAGAAUGAAAGACAGUAUCACAAGGAAGAGAGAGAGAGAAAAGUAAUCGAGCUUAAUGAGAGAAAAGAAAUAAUGUUUCAGUCGUUCAACAUUUCAAAGACGGGCUACAACAUCAGCUGCAUUCAACAACUCACACGUUUUAUCAUCAAGAGAGUGACCAAAUAUCAGGAAGCACGAGGGAAAUACGUAUUCACGGAUGAAUUCGUCAUGGAUUUGGUUUAUUCCAUCUGUAAGCGCAUAAACAUGACAAUUGCUGACCCUGUAAACUAUGUUGAGAAGCAGAGAUCGGAGUACUAUAGAGUGUUCCAGAAAUACUGUCGUGAAGCUGCAUCAGCUGCUGUUUUUGCUCAGAACAUCUGUCAGAAACUCAUAGAGGCCAUUGAGCGGAGCGUCUACAAGAAGACUGCAGCUGACCUGGCAGACGAAAUGAGAACAAACUGUCCAUCGCUGAAUGAAAACAGGUCAAAUCUGGAGAAGCACAUCCUGACAACACUGACGGAAAAUGAUAAUUUUACUACAUGCAUGAACUACAACCCCAAAACCCCAGAGAUUGGAUAUGAAGUCAGUCGAUACAUCACUGACCAUUUCACUGUCAGUGUUUUACCCAAGUUGAAGGAGAAUAGUGAAUCACUGCAGCAGAACAUCAUGGAGAAAGCAUGUGAAUCUACUUUGUAUUUUCAAGUGAAAUGUGUUGAUGCUGGUUUGUGGUUGAAGCAUUUCACACAGCAGCUCUCAGAUAUGCUGGUCUUCUCUGAAGUAGAUCUCAGCGGCGUCGAACAUGAUGCUGUUGAUGAUUUCCACCUCCUCGUUGAUGUGCUAAGGCAUGAGCUUUCUGCUGUAAUGUCUGAGAUCAGCAGGAGAUUCGGCAUCAGAGCUCUUCCAGAAAAUGUGGACUUAAAGUUAACUGGGGAUUCUCAGUGCUGA